CUCGCGUCGCUCCGGUUCUAGCUGUUCCUUCUUAGGCGACCCCGGGCCUCGCUGCCGGCUCCCCGGAAGUCCCUCGCACUCGGCUUGCGUGUUGCUGCCCACCGUUUCCCCGCUGAACUCGCGUGGGUCCCCGUGCCGCCCAUGGCGGGGGCCGCUACGACCACGGCCUUCGGGCAGGUGGUCAUCGGCCCGCCGGGCUCGGGGAAGACCACGUACUGCCUGGGCAUGAGUGAGUUCCUGCGCGCGCUGGGCCGGCGCGUGGCGGUGGUGAACCUGGACCCGGCUAACGAGGGGCUGCCGUACGAGUGCGCCGUGGACGUGGGCGAGCUGGUGGGGCUGAGUGACGUGAUGGAGGCGCUGCGGCUGGGGCCCAACGGCGGCCUGCUCUACUGCAUGGAGUACCUGGAGGCCAACCUGGACUGGCUGCGAGCCAAGCUCGACCCGCUCCGCGGCCACUACUUCCUCUUUGACUGCCCCGGCCAGGUGGAGCUCUGCACGCAUCACGGCGCCCUGCGCAGCAUCUUCUCGCAGAUGGCACAGUGGGACCUCAGGCUGACUGCCGUCCAUCUCGUGGAUUCUCACUACUGCACAGACCCAGCCAAGUUCAUUUCAGUACUGUGUACCUCCCUGGCCACCAUGCUGCACGUGGAGCUGCCGCACGUCAACGUUCUCUCCAAGAUGGACCUCAUUGAGCACUAUGGGAAGCUGGCCUUCAACCUGGACUACUACACAGAGGUCCUAGACCUCUCCUACCUGCUUGACCACCUGGCUUCUGACCCUUUCUUCCGCCACUACCGUCAACUCAAUGAGAAACUGGUACAGCUCAUCGAAGACUACAGCCUGGUCUCCUUCAUCCCUCUCAACAUCCAGGACAAGGAGAGUAUCCAGCAGGUCCUGCAGGCUGUGGAUAAAGCCAAUGGCUACUGCUUUGGGGUCCAAGAGCAGCGAAGCCUGGAGGCCAUGAUGUCUGCUGCAAUGGGAGCUGACUUCCAUUUCUCCUCCACCCUGGGCAUCCAGGAGAAGUACCUGGCACCCUCAGAUCAGUCAGUGGAGCAGGAAGCCAUGCAGCUGUAGCAACAAGCUGGGUUGUGGAAAACAAGACACAUAACCCAGCACUGGGGAAAGUGGCAGCUCCCAGCGAGCAGCAGACAGCUCAGCAGGCUGCAGAUCCGAGAGCACUCAGCCUUGCAGAGGACUUCUGGCCAAAAGCCAGACAUGGCCCAGAGCAGAGUGCCCUCUACACCCUCAGUGCUCAUGAGCUCUGGGCACUGCUGCCAGGAAUUCAGCACUGGCCCUGCUUGGGCUCUGAUGGAAUGUGCUACAAUACAAGAGUUUAUUUUCUACUUUUUGUGGCUUCCAAACUUUCUUCAACCAUCCACGCCCAGAGAGUUGGGGCAGAACAAGGAAAUGUGACCUUCCCUCAGAAGAAUCCUAUUUCUUCAUACAGGGCAGUGUUUCCCUCAAAGCACAAGAUCAUACUAGAGGACUGACAGACUCUCAGUCUCCAGUCAUGUGCUUUUGUUGAUCUUCACUUUUAACAGUGAGCUUCAAGCCUGAGCUUUCACAGGCAAUCCUUCCUAGCUAGAUCUUAAUGUUCUGUUUUCAUUGUAUUUAUUUCAUGGAUUUAUUCUACUUUUGGCAAGUGUAAACUUGUUUUCCAUUUAUAGUAGUGAUUAAGAGUUUACUUUAAAAAUGAAAUAAUUUAUACAAAGUGAGUUGUUUAAAGAAAAAUAUUAAGUAUAUAAUAUGACAUUUUGAGGGGUGUGGCAAAAAUCCUGAUGGCCUGAAGUUGGGAAAUACUGGUGUAUGCUUCCUUUGCUCUUCUUGCAACUGGUUAAGUGUAAUUUGUAUUUUCAACCAAUAGGUGGCAUCCUAGGCUUAUUUUUUGGCAGUUGUACCCUGAAGGCAGAAGGGGAUGAUGGCCAUUGUGCCAGAAGUCUGAUUUGCAGACACUGGGUCCUGUUAACACACGCAAAAAGCUUGGCAUUUUAUAAAGUGUUUCUACACACAUGAUCGUUGUGGUUCUCACAGCAACUCCUAGAGAAACACACAAGAUGGGGAAUAUUACGAAGCCCCACUUUACUUGAGGAAAUAGAAAGAUGAAGAGUUUGAACUUCGUUCAGCCUUUGUCAUCGUCCACUUUGCUGACUUGUUAAUUGCGAAUACUUAGUGGUGGAAAGUCACAGCACUUCUCCCACAGCAUUUGUACACAACUGGAAGAAAGAAUUUAGAUACCUGUAGAAUGUUACUGAAUCAUAAAUCAAGGGAAGAUAGGUUACUGGUGGUUUGGGCAGUUGGAGAAUUCAUUUUAGGAAAAUCUAUUCUGAAGUGACAUUGAGAUGGGGGUGACUGAGCUUUGGUUUCCAGUUUUGGCAGCCAAAGCAGACGGUGGAAGAAUGAGGGACUGUAAGGAGGCUCCUGUGGCUGGAAGAGUAUGAAAGCAGCCGACCUCCGCUCCCACGCCUGGCCAUACAGGGGUUAAUAACCGGGUGCUGUUUCCUCAGCCUCUUUCAUCUGAGUUCAAAGCACCUCACCCCUAUUAACACCCUGCACAGUAGGUGGAGAGUAUCAACACAGCAAGCCAGGGAAACUGAGGCCAGGAGGCACAGCCUGGGGCUGGCUAUGAGUCACCUGUGGGGCCUAGAGCCCAGGAAUCCUGACAUCCAGGCUGCUGGACGAAUCCCUCAUCAGUUAGGGUGUGAAGGUGGGUGCUGUGCUUUUGAAAAUAGGACCAGUAGCUGUGGUCAUGAGUUUUGAUGCUUACCCCAUCACAGAGACGCCAGCUCUCACCACAGCAAACCAGAUGGAAGGCAGGCGUCAUUGAGAACUUUAUGGCCUCAUAUCCAAGCACCUCAGUAUUUAUUCUCUGCAGUCAUGAGUGGAGUAGGAUGGGAAUAAUCCAGAACUUUAUUUUCAGGCCUUGGUGUGACAACAAGGGUGUUUUCUCCUCCAGUAAAUGUAGCUUCUGUCUACCUCCCACUAAUAGCAAAAUGACUUCCUAUUCCCCUGUCACACUGGGGAGGGGACAGCACAAUGCAGAAAGGAGGAGACCUCUGGAUUCCAGGUAAGGUCUGCUCAGCGUGAAAUGUGUAGGGUGAGAGAAAGACGAUCUUCCAAUAUGGCUGGCAUAUGGCAACCAUCCUAAGAUUUUUCUUUCUUUUCUGAUAAAAAUAGAAAAGUAAAAAACUUAGAAAAUAAAAAAAAGUCACUCAUAAUCCCACAACACAGAAAUAAUCAAAAAUAUAUCUAUAAUAAAUUAUCUAUCCAACUAUAAGUGUAUUUUGUGUAUUUCAGUCUUAUUUUUCUAUACAUACACAAGGAUAGCUAGCAUUUAUGUAAGUGGGAUGUGUUAUAAUUUCUUUGUAACCUGUUUUCCAGUUAACACUGUUUCAUGUAAUUAUAAAUAUAUAAAGGCCUUUCUAAUGUCGACAUGAUGCUAUUCCAUGGUAUGGCUAUAACAUUAUUUACAUUUCCCAACUCCCAUGGUUAGUCUAUAAGUUAUUACCAGUUUUUUACUAUUGUAAAUAAUGCUGUGAUUAACAUGUUUGUACCUAAA